CCCUCGCCGCCGCCCCGCGGCUCCCGGGCCGGGUCCCUCUUGGUGGUGGCUCCGGGGCCGACAGUGACCACGGCCACUUCGGCCCCGGUCAACCUCGUGGCUCCCGGGGCGGCGCGGCCCACCUGGGUCCCCGGGCAGACCCGGAUCUCGGCCCCGGCCCCGGAGGCCCCGGGCAGCGCGGAGGUGAUGCCGACUGUGGAGGCCUCAUCUGAAGCCCCUGCGGCGCAGGUCUCCCCUGGCCCAGAGCCCCUGGUGCCCGCGGCAGUGGUGGGAGCCGAGGCAUCGAUGACUCCUGCCCCAGGGACUGACUCUCCGAAGAUGGAGGAGGCUAGAAUCUCAUCCGCCCCUGGACCAGGUACCCCCGCCGGGACCCCUACCAGAACCCCUUCCAGAAGGGCUCCUGGGGCCCUGACGGCCAAACCCCCGCUCGCACCCAAGCCGGGAACCACAGUGGCCUCGGGAACCACAGUGGCCUCAGGAGUGACUGCACGGGUUGUAGCAAUGACAGCAGGACAGAUGACAAGUGAACGUGGAGCUGCAGCAGCAACCUCAGCAUCAGCAGAACAGCCUCCAGAGGCCCCCUCAGGGCCUGGUACAGGCCCUCCAGGGACAAGUGAGCCUCUGCUAGCUGUCGUGACUGUGACCCCCGCUCCUGAACCUGCCGAAAACUCACAGGACCUAGGCUCCACGUCCAGCUUGGGACCUGGCAUCUCUGGGCCUCGAGGGCAGGCCCCAGACACUCUGAGCUACUUGGACUCUGUGAGCCUCAUGUCUGGGACCUUGGAGUCCUUGGCGGAUGAUGUGAGCUCCAUGGGCUCAGACUCAGAGAUAAAUGGACUGGCUUUGCGCAAGACGGACAAGUAUGGCUUCCUUGGGGGCAGCCAGUAUUCGGGCAGUCUAGAAAGCUCCAUUCCCGUGGAUGUCGCUCGGCAGCGGGAGCUCAAGUGGCUAGAGAUGUUUAGUAACUGGGAUAAGUGGCUGUCACGGCGUUUCCAGAAGGUGAAGUUGCGCUGCCGGAAGGGCAUCCCCUCUUCCCUUAGAGCCAAGGCCUGGCAGUACCUGUCCAAUAGCAAGGAACUCUUGGAGCAGAACCAGGGCAAGUUUGAGGAACUGGAACGAGCUCCUGGGGACCCCAAGUGGCUGGAUGUUAUUGAGAAGGACCUGCACCGCCAGUUCCCUUUCCAUGAGAUGUUUGCUGCUCGAGGGGGGCAUGGGCAACAGGACCUGUAUCGAAUCCUGAAGGCCUAUACUAUCUACCGGCCGGAUGAGGGUUACUGCCAGGCCCAGGCUCCUGUGGCUGCAGUACUGCUUAUGCACAUGCCUGCUGAGCAAGCCUUCUGGUGCCUGGUGCAGAUCUGCGACAAGUACCUCCCUGGUUACUACAGUGCAGGGUUGGAGGCCAUUCAACUGGAUGGAGAAAUCUUUUUUGCGCUGUUGCGCCGGGCCUCCCCGCUGGCACAUCGGCAUCUGCGGAGGCAGCGCAUCGACCCCGUGCUCUAUAUGACAGAGUGGUUUAUGUGCAUCUUCGCCCGCACCCUGCCAUGGGCUUCAGUACUGCGUGUCUGGGACAUGUUCUUCUGUGAAGGUGUCAAGAUCAUUUUCCGGGUGGCCCUGGUGCUGCUCCGGCACACACUGGGCUCAGUGGAGAAGCUGCGCGCCUGUCAAGGCAUGUAUGAAACCAUGGAGCAGCUGCGUAACCUGCCCCAACAGUGCAUGCAGGAGGACUUCCUGGUGCACGAGGUGACCAACCUCCCAGUGACAGAGGCCCUGAUCGAACGGGAGAAUGCCACCCAGCUCAAGAAGUGGCGGGAAACUAGGGGGGAGCUGCAGUAUCGGCCCUCACGGCGACUACAUGGCUCCCGGGCCAUCCAUGAGGAGCGACGGAGGCAGCAGCCACCCUUGGGCCCCUCCUCCAGCCUCCUCAGCCUCCCUGGUCUAAAGAGCCGAGGUUCCCGGGCAGCUGGAGGUGCCCCUUCUCCACCCCCUCCUGCCCGCAGGGCUAGUGCUGGGCCUGCUCCAGGGCCUGUGGUCACUGCUGAGGGACUGCAUCCAUCUCUUCCUUCGCCUACUGGCAACAGCACCCCACUGGGUUCCAGUAAGGAGACCCGGAGGCAGGAAAAGGAGAGGCAGAAACAGGAGAAGGAACGUGAGAAGGAGAGACAGAAACAGGAGAAAGAGCGGGAGAAACAGGAGAAGGAGCGGCAGAAGUGGGAAAAAGAGCAGGAGAAGGAACAGCAGAAACAGGAGAAGGAACGGCAGAAGCAGGAGAAGAAAGCCCAAGGCAGGAAGCUUUCGCUGCGUCGAAAGGCUGACGGGCCCCCAGCCCCUCAGGAUGGUGAGGAGAGGUCCUCAGCAUCUGAGACCCGGCAGGACGCUUACUUCUGACCUCUACCCUGGGCCUGGACUGUAUCACCCCGCUCCCCUGUUCCCUCAGCUAAGAGCAAGUCUGGCUUGGGGUGCGGCCCCACCCCCUUGGCAGGCUCUCCCUUUCUGAGGAAAGUGGCUCGAUCCCCGUCUCCUUGCCAGCUGCGGAUCCCUGCACAGCCAGGAGAGUCAGUGUGUCACGGGCCAGCUGCGUUCCCAGGGCAGCUAGGAACAAGUCUGCAGCCCCUCCCGUCAGGUUCAGCAGAGGGUCUCUGUCCUGUCCCUAUUCCCUGGGGUUCCUUCCCAGAUACUGUCCUGAUUGGCCUUUUGUUGCCGCAGGGAUGAGUGAUGGCUGUGGGAAUCAGCAGUUUUCAGAUCCUUACACUCCAGUCGCUAUCCUUUCCCAUGAAGUGGAGCUGGGUUCCUUUUUCCUUCAGUCCUGCCUGUCCCCCAUUUCCUGACGGGGCCCAGUCCCCUGCUCUACUAGACAUCUCUUGAUAAUUAUGUACAGAGGACCUGGUUGGCCCAGGGUGGGGGUGCUAGCUCAAUCUUCUGUUCUUUGAUUCUCCCACAGUGUUCUUACACUUUAUUUAAGGGGACAUACACUGGGAUGGGAACUGUCCCCACUUACCUACCCACUGUCCUGGCUUUCCUUUUCACCCACCUUCCUCUCUACUCUCAGGCCUCGCUGUUUGUCUCACCAGCGCACCACCUCCCACCUUACUCCCUUUGAACCCUCCAGCCCCUCUCUGGUCAAGGGGUCUUCCCUUUGUGCUCCAGGGGGUGGAACCCAAUGUUUACAUUCUCUUCUGUCUCCACCUCCACCCCAUGUGGUCGCUUCAAGGAACCAGAAAAGAAUCUGCUGUUGUACCUGGA